CGCUUCCUAAUUCAAACGAACGGCAUUUUAUUUUCCCACGUCGUGAAUUUUUACCCAAUUGAGUUUUGUAUUUGUAUUGUUUUAAAUUGACCAAAACUGUUUGUUCGUAAUUAUUGAUUGCGUGUGCAAACAUGUCUCAUCAGUCCAACAAUGUGUUGCGUCCGAAAGAAAAUGCCAUGGUCAGAAAGCCGGAGGCAGCGGCCUCCGCACUUGGCAUGCAGAAGAAAAAUUUGUUGCUGACUAAAAAGCCGACGAGCGAGAAUAUGGCACCAGGCAGCAAGCUCCUUCCGUCGGUAUCGGCCAAAGCGGCUACGACAAUUGCACAUUCAGCAAAUAAAGCGGGGCCAGGAAUUCCCGCCCCAGCGGCAAUGUCGAAAUUUGCAAAGCCACUUGUGCCCACUGCCAAUGCACUAAAGAAAACAACUUCAGAGUUUGUGGCGCCAGCUCCUGUAACAGAAACUAAGAAGACCAACGCUGGCGCAGUCGAGAAAUCAGCCACUGAAGCUGCUGCACCGACUGCAUCCACAUCUUCAAACAUCACUGACAAAGAGAAAGGCAAGACUGAAAGCCAGCCCCCGAAGCCAAAGAAAACUUGGGAGCUGAACAACUUUGACAUUGGUCGUCUACUGGGACGCGGGAAGUUCGGAAAUGUGUACCUGGCACGCGAGAAGGAAUCCCAGUUCGUUGUCGCCUUGAAGGUGCUGUUCAAGCGUCAGAUUGGCGAGUCUAAUGUUGAGCAUCAGGUGCGCCGGGAGAUCGAAAUCCAAUCGCAUCUGCGGCACCCACACAUUCUUCGUUUAUACGCCUACUUCCAUGACGACGUGCGCAUCUACUUGAUCCUGGAGUAUGCUCCACAGGGCACGCUCUUCAAUGCGCUGCAGGCUCAGCCGUCAAAGCGCUUCGAUGAACGCCAGUCGGCCACCUACAUCAAGUCGCUCUGCUCGGCCCUGUUGUAUCUGCACGAGCGUGACAUAAUCCAUCGCGACAUCAAGCCGGAGAAUCUCCUGCUGGGCCACAAGGGUGUCCUGAAGAUAGCCGAUUUUGGGUGGUCAGUGCACGAGCCCAACUCGAUGCGCAUGACGUUGUGCGGAACUGUGGACUAUCUGCCACCGGAAAUGGUCCAGGGCAAGCCGCACACAAAGAACGUGGAUCUGUGGAGCCUGGGUGUGCUCUGCUUUGAGCUGCUGGUGGGUCAUGCUCCAUUCUAUUCGAAAAACUACGACGAGACCUACAAGAAGAUCCUUAAGGUGGAGUACAAGCUGCCAGAGCACAUUUCCAAGGCGGCUGCUCACUUGAUUUCCAAGCUGUUGGUCCUCAAUCCACAGCAUCGUCUGCCCCUGGACCAGGUGUUGGUGCACCCAUGGAUUCUGGCGCACACAAAGUGAACGUUUUAUCGUUUCUCUUUUAUUUAUUUUGAUUUUGAGUUAUUUCCUAGUUCAUAUUUGUGUUUGAGUUGCGCCGCGUAAUAUAAUUAUGGCAUUUCA